AUGGCUAAGAGAGGAAUCGAGGAUGCGAUCGCACCUCAAAGCGGCUUUGGAUACGUUUUGCGUAGUAAGGCAGCCGCCAUACCGGCAAUCCAGUGCCCGUACGAUAUCCACGGCGCAUUGACAGGCAGCAUGGAGGCGUCUAGUCCUUGGUGGUUUUUGGAAGAGCAAUUCUCAGCAAAGACCACGAAUGGCAGCCCCCACAUCAUCAGCGAUAUGGCCGACAGUACCUUGCUCGGUCGAGCCAAUGAUGUCCUCCCUCGGCUUAUCCGCUGCAUCAAUAACAAUUACGGAAUGACCUUUGGAAUAUCUCUGCACGUCAUACCAAUGCCCUUGCCCGAAUAG